GCUCCGUGUUGGGGGGAGUGAGAGGAGCAUGAAUGGAGCAAAAUGGCGGAUCAUGUGCAGAGCCUAGCCCAGCUAGAGAUCCUGUGCAAGCAGCUGUAUGAAACGACGGACACCAGCACACGGCUCCAGGCGGAGAAGGCCCUGGUGGAGUUCACCAACAGUCCUGAUUGCUUGAGCAAAUGUCAGCUUCUGCUGGAGAGAGGAAGUUCGUCCUAUUCCCAACUCCUGGCCGCAACGUGUCUUUCCAAGCUGGUGUCACGGACAAGUAACCCUCUUCCCCUGGAACAGCGCGUUGACAUCCGAAACUAUGUCCUGAACUACCUGGCGACCAGGCCAAAAUUGGCUGCCUUCGUCACCCAAGCCCUCAUCCAGCUUUAUGCCAGGAUCACCAAGCUGGGCUGGUUUGACUGCCAGAAGGAGGACUAUGCGUUCCGGAAUGCCAUUGCGGACGUCACGCGCUUCCUGCAGGACAGUGUGGAGCACUGCAUAAUAGGGGUGACCAUCCUCUCUCAGCUGACCAAUGAGAUUAAUCAAGCAGACACCACACACCCCUUAACGAAGCACAGGAAGAUUGCAUCCUCGUUCCGGGACACAUCACUGUUCGACAUUUUCACGCUCUCUUGCAACUUGCUCAAACAGGCCUCAGGUAAGAACCUGAACCUGAACGAUGAAGGUCAGCAUGGUCUUCUCAUGCAGCUGCUCAAGCUAGCCCACAACUGCCUCAACUUUGACUUCAUCGGCACUUCUACGGACGAGUCCUCUGACGAUCUGUGCACCGUUCAGAUCCCCACCAGCUGGAGAUCAGCGUUCCUGGACUCCUCCACAUUGCAGCUCUUCUUUGAUUUAUAUCAUUCCAUCCCUCCGUCCCUCUCUCCCCUGGUCCUGUCUUGCUUGGUACAAAUAGCAUCUGUACGACGAUCACUCUUCAACAACGCUGAAAGGGCAAAGUUCCUCUCCCAUCUGGUGGAUGGGGUGAAGAGGAUUUUGGAAAACCCACAGAGCUUGUCAGACCCAAACAAUUACCACGAGUUCUGUCGACUGCUGGCCAGACUGAAGAGUAACUAUCAAUUGGGUGAACUGGUUAAGGUGGAAAACUAUCCAGAGGUCAUAAGGCUCAUAGCAAACUUCACCGUUACCAGUUUACAGCACUGGGAGUUUGCCCCCAACAGUGUGCACUACCUGCUCAGUCUGUGGCAGCGGCUGGCUGCUUCUGUGCCCUACGUGAAGGCCACGGAGCCCCACCUGCUGGAGACUUAUACACCAGAGGUGACCAAGGCCUACAUCACCUCGCGCCUGGAGUCCGUCCAUAUCAUCCUCAGGGAUGGCCUGGAGGAUCCCCUAGAUGACACAGGGCUGGUUCAGCAACAGCUGGACCAGCUGUCCACCAUCGGUCGUUGUGAAUACGAAAAGACCUGUGCCUUGCUGGUGCAGCUCUUUGACCAGUCAGCGCAGUCCUACCAGGAGCUGCUGCAGUCUACUAACUCUAGUGCCAUGGACAUUGCAGUUCAGGAAGGCCGACUGACGUGGCUAGUGUACAUCAUUGGGGCAGUGAUCGGUGGUAGGGUGUCUUUUGCCAGUACAGAUGAGCAAGAUGCAAUGGAUGGGGAGCUAGUGUGUCGGGUGCUCCAGCUGAUGAAUCUCACUGACUCGCGGCUGGCCCAAGCGGGCAAUGAGAAGUUGGAGUUGGCUAUGCUGAGCUUCUUUGAGCAGUUCCGUAAAAUCUACAUCGGCGACCAGGUGCAGAAGUCCUCCAAGCUAUACCGCCGUCUAUCAGAGGUGCUGGGGCUCAAUGACGAGACCAUGGUGCUGAGUGUUUUCAUUGGAAAGAUAAUUACAAACCUGAAGUACUGGGGACAAUGUGAGCCCAUCACAUCCAAGACCCUGCAGCUCCUCAACGAUCUCUCCAUUGGCUACAGCAGUGUGAGGAAGCUGGUGAAGCUGAGUGCUGUUCAGUUCAUGCUGAAUAACCACACGAGUGAGCACUUUUCCUUCCUAGGCGUGAACAAUCAGUCUAACUUGAGCGACAUGCGAUGCCGGACCACCUUCUACACAGCACUGGGCCGACUACUCAUGGUGGACCUGGGUGAGGGUCCAAGUCCAGGAGAAGACGAGGACCAGUUUGAGCAAUUCAUGCUGCCCUUGACAGCUGCUUUUGAAGCGGUUGCUCAAAUGUUCAGCACCAACACCUUUAAUGAGCAAGAGGCCAAGAGGACAUUGGUGGGCCUGGUGCGAGACCUACGGGGUAUUGCCUUUGCCUUCAAUGCCAAGACCAGCUUCAUGAUGCUUUUUGACUGGAUUUACCCCACCUACAUGCCCAUCCUGCAAAGGGCAGUUGAGCUGUGGUACCACGUUCCUGCCUGCACCACGCCAGUGCUCAAGCUCAUGGCAGAAUUGGUCCACAACAGGUCACAGAGGCUGCAGUUUGACGUCUCAUCACCCAACGGCAUCUUGCUGUUUCGAGAAACUAGCAAGAUGAUGACAACCUAUGGAAACCGCAUUCUCACGCUAGGGGAAGUACCCAAGGACCAGGUGUACGCGCUCAAGCUCAAAGGGAUCUCAAUCUGCUUCUCAAUGCUGAAGGCUGUGCUUAGCGGCAACUACGUCAACUUUGGUGUCUUCCGGCUGUAUGGUGACGAUGCACUGGACAACGCCCUGCAGACCUUCAUCAAGUUGCUGCUCUCAAUCCCACACAGUGACCUGCUGGACUACCCAAAACUGAGCCAGUCAUACUACUCCCUGCUGGAGGUUCUCACCCAGGACCAUAUGAACUUUAUAGCCAGCCUGGAGCCCCACGUCAUCAUGUACAUUCUGUCAUCUAUCUCGGAAGGCCUCACAGCACUCGACACCAUGGUGUGCACAGGAUGCUGCUCUAGCCUGGACCACAUCGUAACCUACCUGUUCAAGCAGCUGUCACGCAGCACCAAGAAGCGGCCUGCACCCAUGGCCCAGGAAAGCGAUCGCUUCCUGCACAUCAUGCAACAGCACCCUGAGAUGAUCCAGCAGAUGCUGUCCACCGUGCUAAAUAUAAUCAUUUUUGAAGACUGCAGGAACCAAUGGUCAAUGUCCAGGCCAUUGCUAGGCUUGAUCUUGCUAAAUGAGAAGUAUUUCGCUGACCUGAGGAACAGCAUUGUGAACAGCCAGCCUCCAGAAAAGCAGCAGGCCAUGCACUUGUGCUUUGAGAACUUAAUGGAGGGUAUUGAGCGCAACCUACUCACCAAAAACAGAGACAGGUUUACACAGAAUCUCUCAGUAUUCAGAAGAGAAGUUAAUGACUCCAUGAAGAAUUCCACUUACGGGAUGAACAGCAACGACAUGAUGAGCUGACAUUCCACAGAGCGCCGGGCCACGCCCUCAACCGCCGCCUGCCCCCGUCUCACUGGGACACGCCCUUACAAGCCCUGCCACGGCUUCGCCCUGCCCCCAAGGCCUGGAUGCCAGGGGAACACACUCACACAGGCCUGCAUCUCCAGCCUCUCUGUCCCUAAGCCCCCCUGCCUUCUGCACUCCACCCAUCCCCUGCCCUGCCCCUUCCUUUUAUAUAUAUCUAUAAAUAUAUACAUAUAUAUUUUAUCGCCAGUUUGUAGAGGUCACUGAUCUGACCAAUUGGGGCUCGAAGUCCAAAGAGAGAAGGCUUUUGGGGUGUAUGGGUGACUUGUGGAAACUCCGUAAAGGGGAAGGGUCCUUCAUGAGAGAGAGAAGGAAAGAGAGAGAGUGUGUGUGUGUGUGUGUGUGUGUGUGUGUGUGUGUGUGUGUGUGUGUGGGAGGGGUUAGGAGAGGGAGGGAGGGAGUGAGGGCGCUGGUAACCGUAUUACUCUGCUUCUGCCUGCCUUGUAUAAAAACAGCGGAAAAGGAAAAAAACAAGUGUACAUUUUUUCAUAACAUUUUGAACAAUGUUUAUAUUAAUUCAAUUUAAAAAACGGAAAAAAAUGUGUGAUUGGAAUUUUUACAAUCCAGUAAGUCAGUGCAGCCGUGCGGGUCUGUCUGCAUCAGGAGUACUAGGCGAGCUGUUUGGGGUUUCGACUUGUGGCUGAGGCAGUGGGUGGGGUGCAGUGUGGUGCGGUGGAGAGAUUGUACCUGUCUAACCUGUUGUAUAUUUUCCUGUUACCUUUGUAACAACCCGGCCGUGGAAGAAUUUGUAAAUAAAUCCUGGCACCCGUUGACGGAUGAGGAACGGGUCCAUUGGUCAGUGGAUGGUCUGCCCUUUCCAUGACUGAGGUUUGCAGGAAUGACCUUUGACCUCACCCAGCCUUUGGCAUCCCUUACCCUCCCCUCCCAGAGCACUGUGCUUUCAAAACAGGACUUUGCUUUGGGUUCUCCAAGUGUGUUCUGAGAACCAAUCAGGCUGGAUGCUGAAUUGGUUCAAUGCGUGGCGCUGUUCUAUGUUAGGGCUACCUGGGUCCAGUGCAGUAACACACAUGCAUAAACACACACCUAAAACCAUAGGGUUUUAAUUAAUCUUUUGUGAAAUUUGAUCUGGUUGGGGGAGAAUUAGAUUGUAGUCACAUCAUUCUCGAAAAGCUUCACAAGCGGUUAACCGAAUCUGUUUUGGGCAGCAAGCUGUGACAUGGCAUUUGGGUAGUUAAGACUAAGGGAUGUAGUCACGUACAGGUAAACAAACACCCGGUACGACGUUGCCCAAGCCAGACUCAAAGUCAGCUCCUGGCAAUCACCCUGAACCCCCUAUUUAUCCAUACCUUUGAAGGAACCCACUUCUAUUUUUUAAAGCGGAGAGAAAUUAUGCAUCAAAAUAUGGUAGGUCUAAGAUGAAAAAAGCAUUUAAUGAGAAAAUUGAGAGUGGAAUAUAUUAGCAACUUGUGCUCUUCUCAACAGACGUUGCUGCUAAUUGUUUGUGACGAACUAGCUCAUCUCUAACCAUUUUGAACACUCAUGAUUUUGCAUUUGAGUUUGUUCCUUUCCCUCAGUUUCCUGAUGUGAAUGUGUCCUUUCAGCAACUGUGUGUUGGGUCCAUAGAGUGAUAAGGUAACUGGUUGAACUGUUUGGAUGUCUGCUACAUAUAGUGUAAGCAUUGUGACUGCAAAAUAAACGUCAUUGGUUUGUACUAA